GCUGCGAACCCCUUAAAAACUCCGAGGGAAUCAGCGAAUCAGGCGCCAGCUCCCAGCGCCAAGGCUACAAGGCUCGAGGACAGCGUGUUGUAAGUAAAUACGAAUACUGGUAGCCGUAGCGAAUUCCUCAGCUCUCAGACUCACGUUGCAGUUGCACACUACUAACAGAACCCAUUUGUCGCUCCUUUACGCCCUUAUGUAUUUUUGCCAUUCAUCUCGGCUAUGAUCUAGCGGCGUCCAUGAACGCCCUCCGCGACCCAUUUAGCUUACAUCGCUCGCCCGCCUACCACAUCCUCAAAGGGACAGCAACCAGAGCCGCCACCGAAGUCACGCAGAAAGUCGUCGAGGCUGGCACCCAGGCAUACGAAAGCGGCAAGCAAGCCAUCGAGGACAUGUCGACCUUUUCCGUCCCCAAGAAUGUCCCCUCCUUCACGAACCCGCAGCGCGAACUCGAAAAUAGGGUCUGGGGAUCCUCGGGCGUGACGGCGCGAUCGGGGGCUGCGGGUAAUGGGGGUGUCAUUGGGGGGAUCCAGGGUCGUGUGGGUGGACUUCUGGGUCAGUCGAGGGAUCUACCGAUGUAUAAGGACAAACCGUACUCGUAUGUAGCCUCGCGGCGGCAGCGAUCGAUAUGGAAACGGAAGAGGACAUUUGGAUUUGGAGGGUUCUUGUUCCUCGGUUUGCUGUACUUUCUGGGGUAUUUUGGGGAUGACGAGAAUACGACGGAGAAGGCAAAGGAGACCUGGAAAUGGUUACAGCGGCCUGAAAAGGUGGGUCAAAUCGACUGGAAUGAUCGCAGGGAUAGGGUUACGGAUGCGUUUAAGCUGAGUUGGGAUGCAUAUGAACGGUAUGCGUGGGGAUAUGAUGAAUUUCAUCCGGUUUCGAAGAAUGGGAGGCAGAUGACGCCUAAGGGGAUGGGGUGGAUUAUUGUGGAUGCGCUGGAUACGAUGAUGUUGAUGAACUUGACUAGUCGACUUACCCAUGCUCGAGAAUGGAUGAAAACCUCGUUGGAUUACGAGCAGGAUCAAGAGGUUAAUACCUUUGAGACGACCAUUCGAAUGCUGGGAGGGCUUUUGUCUGCCCAUUAUUUAUCCACUGCAUUUCCAGAUUUGGCACCAUUAACAGAUGACGAUGAAGGCGCAGCUGGUGAAGAUCUAUACCUGGAAAAAGCUAAGGAUUUGGCUGAUCGCCUGAUGGGUGCUUUUGAAUCUCCAUCAGGUGUCCCUUACGCCAGUGUCAAUUUGAAGACAUUCAAAGGUGUCGAGUCGCACGCUGAUGCAGGCGCUUCUUCAACUGCAGAGGCAGCUACCCUGCAACUUGAACUCAAAUAUCUCACCAAACUUACCGGCGAGACAUUGUACUGGGAAAAGGCAGAACACGUCAUCAAAGUGAUCGAUAAUAAUGGUCGAGAGGGUGGACUUGUCCCAAUUUACAUUUAUGCUAAUGAUGGCACAUUUCGUGGAGAGAACAUCAGACUUGGUAGCCGAGGGGACUCUUACUAUGAGUAUCUCAUCAAGCAGUAUCUUCAAACAUCGAAAGAAGAGCCCAUAUACGAGGAGCUGUGGGAUGAAUCUUUGGCUGGUGUUCGAAAACAUCUCAUCACUUACUCGAAACCAUCUAAAUUUACAGUACUUGCAGAACGACCUGAAGGUUUACAUGAACCUUUAUCACCAAAGAUGGAUCAUCUUGUUUGUUUCAUGCCUGGGACCAUCGCAUUGGGUGCUACGGGUGGAUUAACAGAAGCUGAAGCGCGCAAACUCCCCACGUGGAGCACCAAGAAGGAUGAAGAAAUGGUACUCGCUCGUGAAUUGAUGCAAACUUGCUGGGGAAUGUACAAAGUCAUGGCGACAGGACUUGCACCUGAGAUUGCACAUUUUCAUAUGGAAGAGCCGCCACCACCUCCAUCAACACCGCACAAGUCUACCAUUGACAUGGAUGACGACUCGCCAGAUGCAGAGUGGAAGAAAGAUUUCCUGAUCAAGGGACUUGAUAGACAUAACCUCCAACGACCAGAAACGGUCGAGAGUUUGUUCUAUAUGUGGCGAAUCACAGGUGAUGUGAUGUACCGAGAAUGGGGAUGGGCGAUGUUCAACGCUUUCCUCAAGUACACUGCCGUUGACGAGGGCGGUGGAUUCACAAGUUUGGAUAACGCGGAUGCCAUUCCUCCUCCAUUUAGGGAUAAUAUGGAAAGUUUUUGGCUGGUACGUUCUUCUCUCCUUUCAUACAACUUACCGCGACCCAAAAUACUGACGAUUCGAUAGGCUGAAACUUUGAAAUAUUUCUACCUCCUCUUUUCACCCAAUGACUUGAUCCCAUUAGAUAAAGUGGUCAUGAACACUGAAGCUCACAUCUUCCCGCGGUUCAAGCUGGGCAAGAUGUUCAAGACGGGAUGGCAGCGUAAGAAGCGAGAUAAAGAUGGGAAGAUCAUCCCCGAUCCUCCCGCUAAGGUCAAGGUCGAGACGAAGACGGUGGAGGUCGUCAAAACUGGUGGCUCAUAAUGAGUCAAUGGAUGGGAUGCGGGUUGUAUAUAGGUAACCGGUUAUUAUGAUUAUGUAUUUUUAUUAUUAAAAGUCGGAGCUUAUUAUCUUGGUCGUUUCUCUUGACCCUUUUCUUCUUUUUUCUCUUGAUCUUUUUUUUUGAUCCUCUUCCCUUGAUCUUCUUCUUCUCUUGGCCUAUAUAUCAAAUUAGUCUACAAGUACUCGGUACUUUUCGAAUUUAUAUACAUAUAAGAGAGACA